AUGGUCAAAUUUUCCCAACUUCCCUAUGAGCUCCGUGAGAAGAUAUGGCUGGAUACCAUAGAGCCUCGCCUUGUUGGCCUCGUUCCCCAUCGAGAUAAGAGAGGCCGAUGGAGUGUGAAAAGCACUGCUCGUCCUCCUGUGGCCAUGCAUGUCAACGCCGAGUCUCGCCAUAUCCUGAGCAAAUAUUACAAAAACCUGGAAACCCGCAGCGUUAUGAAUCACAAGCCCACUGGUAUCUAUGAGGAGUGGCCCGUUGUCCUGGAUGUAUCGCCGCGCAUCUUGUUCAACUUUGACAUCGACACCCUCCACUUUGCCGACACGACGCCUCCCGAGAAGCCUCUGCCAGAUCAGGAGGCUCAGAGGAGAAAGUCAAAGGUUCCCACAAAUGCCCUGGAUCUUCUCAUUCUCAAAGAGUCCAUGGACGCGUUCCAAGGGCCUGGGUUUAGGCUAAUGAUUAACGCAUCCGCACGCACCCAGGACUGGCCUUAUCUUCUGGAAACGCAAGAUGUUAGCCAUGAUUACAUUCAUAGCGGCGAUCCAAGGCUGCUCAACUGGACUCACAUCCAUUAUGUACGCUUUGACUUUAACGUGUUUCUGUCGGACCUCGCCCUUUGGUGGGGACUCAUGCAUCCGUUUGUAAAAUGGAUGCAACAGGCGGCAACGCGCGUCGAAGUCGCGGAUGACCCAAUAAGGAGCUACGAGCUCGUGAUGGUGAACGGCCGAGGCAACAAGCGGAAGCUGCAGAAAAUAUUGCGGCUUGCGCUUCGUCCAGAGAAAGAAGCCGAUGCAGCAUAUCAGUCCCUCUCUCCUAUUGAGCGGCUUCAGCAGUAUGGCGCAGUGGUAUUCGAAGAGGUACUGCCUACACCUGAAGGCAAGGCCAUUCUCUUCGAAGUUGUCGAUCCACUCAUUGGAGCCGAUGCCAUCUCCAAAUGGAAGCAAUUCUCUAUAGAUAAGAGGGUUGUACCGCCACCACGUCCUAGUAUUCUUCCCAGAGCGACGGCUUUUGGAGCGGACAUGGAAGUGUUGUGGCAGAUGGCCAGCCAAAAACGGGGAUUGGCUCACGGAGAGAUGUCUCCUGUUCAUGGUUUGUGUCUUGCAGACUAUGGGAUAGACGGUGGCUUUCGCGGCAGAAUCUAAUUUUCCUUUUUUCCAUUAUUCCCUUUUUCUUUUCUUUUCCUACUGUUAUAGCAAUUAUUGGAUAGGUUCUGGGAAUUCAACGGGAGCGGGUUAUCUGGUUUACAUGCAAAAUUUGAGAAUAAGCUGAUGCCCUCGGCUUUUCAGCUUAAUGACUGUUACGACAAGAAUGCCUAUUAUCUAGAUAAUUGAAUAUGAUCGAAU